AUUUGGCAACACACCAGUGCAACAAAGACUCAGCUGCCUGGCCAAGGACAACUCUAUCUAUGUUGUGGCUAAUAUUGGGGACAUGAAGCCAUGCAAUGCCAGUGACCCUCAGUGUCCCCCUGAUGGCCGUUACCAAUACAACACUGAUGUGGUGUUUGAUUCUCAGGGAAAACUGGUGGCACGCUACCAUAAGUACAACCUUUUUGCACCUGAAAUUCAAUUCGAUAUCCCCAAGGAUUCAGAACUUGUGACUUUUGACACACCCUUUGGGAAGUCUGGCAUUUUUACUUGCUUUGACAUUUUUUCUCAUGACCCAGCUGUGGUGGUGGUGGAUGAGUUUCAAGUUGACAGCAUUCUCUACCCCACAGCAUGGUACAACAUGCUGCCCCUCCUCUCGACUGUUCCCUUCCAUUCAGCAUGUGCCAAGGCCAUGGGAGUCAAUCUACUUGCUGCAAAUACCCACAACACCAGCAUGCACAUGACAGGGAGUGGAAUCUACACCCCAGAAGCAGUCAAGGUGUACCACUAUGACAUGGAAACAGAGAGUGGUCAGCUGUUGCUAUCAGACCCGAAGUCUCAGCCUCGCCGUGAGCCCACCUACCCUGAAGCUGUUGACUGGCAUGCAUAUUCCAGCAGUGUCAAACCGUUUUCCUCUGAGCAGUCAGAUUUUCCGGGGAUGAUUUAUUUUGAUGAGUUUACCUUCACUGAGCUUAAGAGAAAUCCAGGAAAUUACAGUUGCCAGAAAGAUCUGUGUUGUCACUUACCUUACAAGAUGUCUAAAAAGCGAGCAGAUGAGGUCUAUGCCCUAGGUGCUUUUGAUGGACUGCACACAGUACAAGGCCAAUAUUACUUACAGCUAGAAAUGCUUAAAUAUAUAUGCACAUUACUGAAGUGUCAAAUCACUGACCUGGAAAUGUGCGGAGAAGCUGUGGGGUCAGCUUUUACCAAGUUUGAGGACUUCUCUCUCAGUGGCACAUUCGGAAUGCAUUAUGUUUUCCCACAAAUCAUUCUAAGUGGGAGUCAGCUUGCCCCUGAAAGACAUUAUGAGAUUUCAAGAGAUGGACGCUUGAGGAGCCGAAGUGGAGCCCCUUUGCCUGUCUUAGUUAUGGCCUUGUAUGGAAGAGUGUUAGAGAAGGACCCUCCAUGCUUAGGGCAGGGACCUGGGAAGUUCCAGUGAUCUCCUUUAGCAGAGCCUUUUUAGGAUCAGCCUGGCUAAGGGAGGAAGAAAAAAGAGAUCCGUUAGUGUCUGUUUAGAAGAGAUGUCAUAAACUUACGGAAACAAAUAGAAUAAACUUAAGCAGAUUUGAAAAGCAA